AUGGCAUCCCGUAUAGAACAACCGGUUCCCUCCAGAAAGCAGGUAAAUACAAGUGAUUCCAACGAAGCCCACGAUAUGAUUGCUGGUAACUUCAAUAAUAUGCCACUCUUAUCACCUACGUUGACACCAUCGCAGGUACCAGUUUCCGAAACUCCCCAGGUUCCACCAAAGGUACCGGAUGAGGUGAGAAACGCUUUACCGAUACAUGAAAAGUUACCAGAAGUUAGAUGUAUGGCCAGGGCAAGGAUUCCAACCACACAUGGACCUGAGAUUUUCUUACAUUUGUAUGAGAAUAAUAUUGAUAAUAAGGAGCAUUUAGCAAUAGUUUUUGGAGAAGAUGUUCGUUCGAAAUCAUUGUUUGCAAAGAGACCAAACGAUACCCAGCAAGACAGGAUGACAAGAGGUGCGUACGUGGGCAAGUUAUUUCCUGGACGAGUUGAUGCUGACCAUGACAGCCACUCUAAGAAGUCUUUGAAGUUUGAUUCAGAUGGUCAACUUAUACGAGAACCAAGCACUACCUUCAUGAAUAAUCCAUGCUUAGUGCGUAUCCACUCUGAAUGUUACACGGGGGAAACUGCUUGGUCUGCCCGUUGUGACUGCGGUGAACAAUUCGACGAAGCCGGAAGAAUCAUGGGAAAUGCUGGACACGGCUGUAUUGUUUACUUGAGGCAAGAAGGUAGAGGUAUAGGUUUAGGAGAAAAGUUGAAGGCAUAUAAUUUACAAGAUUUAGGAGCCGACACUGUGCAAGCUAAUUUGAUAUUAAGACACCCUGCUGAUGGUAGAUCAUUCUCGCUAGCUACUGCAAUCUUAUUAGAUUUGGGACUAGCUGAAAUUAAUUUAUUAACUAACAAUCCAGACAAGAUUUUGGCUGUCGAAGGUAAAAAUAGAGAUGUAAAGGUGUUAGAGCGAGUUCCUAUGAUUCCAUUGGCGUGGAGAACUGAUAACGGUAUCAAGUCAAAGGAAAUUGAAGGAUAUUUGAGCACCAAGAUCGAAAGAAUGGGGCAUCUAUUAGAAAAGCCUUUAAAAAUUUAG